AUGAGCCAACAAGUGAAUUCGCCAGACCCAACACUCGAAGGGUCCUACGCUACAGUGGUCGCAGAACUUCACGUAGCACUGAGCGUCGUUGUGUUGACUGCACCAUUGAUGAAACCAUUCAUUGCUGCCUACGUGGAUGAGAAUGGAUUAGCUUACACCGACGAGGCUUCCAAAUCACGCACGAAUCCUAAACUCACACCUCAAUCCGACCGAUCAGAUGGGACAGAUCCUGGCUCGCGAUCAAGCGAGUCGCCAGCGAAAAACCGCAUCAUGAAAAGCAUACAAAUCUCAGUAGACCGUGAGGCAGUGGAGCUUUCUGAAAGACUUUGA